ACGAAGCAUCCACAGACUUCAUCUCUCAAUAUGCCUAAGGAGAAGACCACGCGCAAGACUAAGCCCCGUGUUGAGCGGAAGAAGAAGGGUAUGUGUUUACUUCCCCCCUUUGCCGUCGCCUCGUCUUGGACACUGCUGACCACGACUCUAGACCCCAACGCUCCCAAGCGUGGUCUUUCCGCGUACAUGUUCUUCGCCAACGAGAACCGUGAGAAGGUUCGCGAGGAGAACCCCGGCAUCACCUUCGGUAAGACUGGCGCAACCCGAGACGCAUGCCCGGCCGUCCAAAUGCUAACAGCUUUGCAGGUCAGGUCGGUAAGAUGCUCGGUGAGAAGUGGAAGGCUCUGGACGACAAGGAGCGCCGCCCCUACGAGGAGAAGGCCGCUGCCGACAAGAAGCGUUAUGAAGAUGAGAAGGCCAGCUACAACGUGAGUACCUCCCCGGCGCAGUAUCCCGAGGCCGGACGAAGAGCAAUGCUAACCAUGCUCGCACAGGCCGGAGCCGCCGCUUCGGACGAGGAAUCAUCCUAAAUGUUUACCUCUUCCCCUUGGUCUCGUUUAGCUUGACCGGUUGGCGUUUCUGUGUCGUUUGUUUUCGCUGAUUGCUGGC